CUUAAUAGUGAGUCAUUUUUUAAACAUUUCCAGUCUGUCUUAACAAGGGUCGUCUAGUGUGUGUGUGUGUCAAUAUACGUAUAUAAUUAUAUAUAUGUGUGUGUGAGAGUUCACAAAAUCACAAGCUUGUGUGGAAAUUAAAAAAGGCAUUAGUUGAAUAGGAAAUCAAGAAUGGCUGGAGAAUCAGCGGAAAAGAAACUGUAUGAUGCUGCAACAAUUGGGGAUGUAGCAGCGUUCCAACAACUGCUCCAAGUAAACCCACAUCUCCUUGAUGUAGUUUCAUUUCCAUGUCAUAGAAAUGUAUUACACAUAGCAAUAAAGCAGGGACAAGAAAGCAUCAUGGAAGAGGUGUUGCAGAUCAACCAAGAGCUAGCUCGAGAUCUGGACUCCAAGAAUUCUUCAUCUCUUCACCUUGCAGCUGCGAAAGGGAACGUCGGAAUUGCCAAAAGAUUGUUACCAAUAGCCCCAGAGAUGUGCUGGUGGAGAGACUGCCAUGAUAUGAACCCAAUUCAUGUUGCAGCCAUGAAAGGGCAUGAUGAGGUGUUGAAGGAGCUGCUUCAAAUGGAUUUAUUUCCUGCUAUGGAGAGACUGCAUCGCGGCCAGACCGCGCUGCACUUGUGUGUGAAACAUCGUCAGCUUAGCACAUUGAAGCUUUUGGUGGAGAAGUUGGGCCACCUUGUUAAUGCACAGGAUGAUGAUGGGGAGACAAUCUUGCAUUUUGCUGUGAAGUCCAGUCAAGUUGAGAUUGUACGGUACUUGGUGGAAAGCAACUGUACACGACGAAUUCCAUGGGCAAAACAGCACUUGAUAUCUUAGAUGAGAGCUUUCAAGACACAGCUACAUAUUCAGAAAUUAGAAAAAUCUUGCCAAGCGGAGAUCGGUCAAUAUUCGAAAGCAUGGCCAAGUAUACCGACAUGAUGAUGGUGGUGUCGGUCCUGAUAGCAACGAUGGCAUUCCAGGCAGCGGUCAGCCCUCCGGGUGGCAUGUGGCAGGACGACACGCCAUCACACAGUGCCGGCAGAGCAGUGAUGGCAUCUGCUCAUCCUAAGAUAUACAAACACUUCCUUCGUGCUAACAACACAGCUUUCAUUUCAUCUCUCCUCACAAUCUUCCUCAUCACCAUCCUAGGGCUAUUCGAGAACCGCAGCUCAAUCGCGAUCGGUAUAUAUGGAACGUGGGUGUCGCUGACAUCUAUUUCAGUGAGUUAUGGAGCUUCGUUAAUGAUGACUAAUCCCAUGGAAACACUAUCAAUUGGCCAUUUUGCUGCCAUAGUAGUAUCUGUGUUCUUCAUGGUCUUUGUAUUUGUAGCCGUCUUCAAUCAGUACGUAGAGCUUCAAGAAUGGAAGCAAAACAAUUAUCUUGCCAGCUUGGACGAAUCUGAGUCUAGAACAAGGCUUAAGUACUUGCUCAAGUUGUUAGUAAGGUCGGACUCAGUUCCGUCACGAGACACCAGCGGCACCGUACAGGCUGCUUGAACUCGGAAGGUUGCAAAUCAGCAGCAGAAUGUUACAAACACAAUCACCUUUGUUUUUGCGAUCAUAAGUCUAUACUUAUACAAAUUGGUGUUAGAUUAUCAAUGAAGAAUUGUGUUUCAUUACUUUGUAUCGUGGAUUUUGUUGUCUAUUUUCGUGUUUCAACUACUAUGGUUGAUUGUAAUUUACAAUUAUUUUUACUGAUUUAUUUGAUAAUCUUGCUGAAGAUGUUAAUGACGCUUCUUU